AUGAAAGUGGGGAAGCACUGUUCUCAGGAACAUGGGAUAGUAAAGGAGGUUGGUGGAGUUUGCGUCUUCCUCAACGGUAAUAUUGCAAUUGAAAUGGACACUUUCGAACGACCCGAAUUGGACGUUCACGGCUACAAACAAGAAGUUGAAGUUUUCUAUAUGGACCUAGACAAGUUCUACAGAAAAGAUCAUACCUUCUGCAAGAAACUUCUGAUACGACAGUGUGGAGCAGCACGAGCCGCAGGCAACCAAGAACUCACAUCCGAGUUUGCAAGGCUUUGCAGAGAACCGGUGAAGGAGGACAUUGAAAUGGGUAAAGUAGAAGUGUUGGCUGAAGCUGCAGAGGAGAAAGAAAGCAUUCGCAGAGCUGUGCAGUAA